AUGAAGGCUGUCCUCCUUGCCCUGUUGGCCAUUGGCCUGGCCCUGCAACCAGGUGACGCACUGCAGUGCUACACGUGCACCGCCGAGAUGAGCAACAAGAACUGCCAGAACGUGAAGAACUGCACUGUCACUGACACCACCUGCUGGACAUCGCGUGUCAGUGCCGUUGGGUUUGUGACAGUCAUCAGCAAGGGCUGUAGCUCAAACUGUGAGGAAGAAGCAGAGAACUACUACGUGGGGAAGAAAAAUGUCACGUGCUGUGACACUGACCUGUGCAAUUUUAAUGGGGCUCACACCCUGCAGCCUGCCACCACCCUGGGGCUACUGUCCAUGCUUGGGGGCCUGCUGCUGUGGGGCCCCACCCAGCUGUAG